AGCCCACAGGGUUACGAGUACAUCUACCCUCCACCACCCCAGACUCACUCCUCCUUGAUUACUCUUCCACACUUCUACCCCAGACUCGCUUGCCCCAGAUCAGCACUUGCCAUCGUGUUCAGUAAUCUCAUCUCAGAUCCUCCCAAGCCGGUGCCGACGUAUCAGACAACGACAUCAUGGCUAACGAUCAUGACAUGUCACGAAUGCAUACCAACGACAUCGAAAUCGGUGUUUCAGACGCUCUCCAGCGUCACAUUACUAGGCAUGUCGUUCCGGCCAAACCAGUCUCGCAGCGAAAGCUCAACUUCGAGCACAAGCGACCGCGGAUAAUGCGAGAGAUGAUGGCAGAGGCUACAGGCGUGUUCUUCUACGUCUUUCCGGGUAUUGCCUCGGUUGCUUCAUUCACCCUGGCCACCACGAACCCCGUAGCGGCCGCCGUCGGGAUUCCUGUUUUCGGAUCUCUUUUCCAGAUUGGUUGGGCCUUCGCCAUUGGCAUCGCCUUUGCCAUCAUCACCUGUGGACCUGUCAGUGGUGGGCAUUUUAACCCUGCCAUUACCAUCUGCUUCGCUAUCUGGCAAGGAUUUCCAUGGAGAAAGGUCCCUCAUUACAUCUUCGCUCAAAUCUUUGGGGCCUUCAUGGCCGGAUUGGUCCUUAUGGCAUGCUACUGGCCGGAAAUCCAGACUGCGAAGGCUGCUGACAUCAAGGCCCAUGGUACAGCGGUAUACAACGGUGGUGUCGCCAGUAUCUUCUGCGCAUUCCCCAACACCAAUCAGACGAACCAGGGAUAUUUGUUCUUCCAAGAAUUCUUCGUGGAUAGCUAUAUCGGCAUCAUCAUCUGGACGUGCUUGGACCCAGCGAACCCCUUUGUCAGCCCUGUCUCUGUUCCGUUCACCAUUGGUAUCGCUUACGCCACCAUGGUCUGGGGUUUCGCGGGUAACACCUUAUCCACAAACUUAGCAAGGGAUCUGGGUACGCGUAUCGUGGCAGCAAUCUUCUUCGGCAAGGAGGCCUUCACGUACAGCAACGGUUACUCGUGGAUUUCGAUCUUGGUCAACGUGCCUGCCACUAUCUUUGCUACAGGAUACUACGAGUUCCUUAUGCGUGAUAGUUUGCAGAAGAUUCAAGCUGGUCAUGCCGAGCACGAAGAUGGCGAUGACGGCCUGAAGAGGCAUAUCUCCAGGGUUACCGGUGCGGAUCUCCACGCUGAAGAGCCAUGGACGCCGAACCGUGGCGCAAUGAAUGCUGCUUCGGCUCCCAAUGGCGUGCACGACUUCGGAGACAAAUGAUGGACUGAGACAUUGCGAGACGCAGCGCUGCUGCACGUGAAAGCAUCAUGGGAUGAUUGGGAGGAGAUUUGAGAAAAGACAGGACGAAGAGGGAAACCUGUACUGUAUAUCAAUUCCAGAUUCUCAGAGUAUAUUUUAAGAAAGAAUUGUACCUCGCCAUCAAAUCCUGCAACUCAUUGGAACGUAUCCUUGUAGACAGUCUGCCGGAAAGGCAUGCAAUGGAACGAUGUUCCAUGCA